UUUCUCCCGUGGUGCCUCUGCCGGACAUUCCCGGCCGAUCCCGGAGCCUCAUCCCCCUCUCCAGGUGGGGGCUGGAAUUCGGAGUCCCCUCCCCUCCCUCCCCCCGGAACAGCUUUUUGAGGGGUCAUUCCCGGCUCCCAGCCCUCCUCCCGUCCCGCUCCGCAUCCCGGGAUGGAGCCCUUGGCUCCCGUCGCCUUCCUGGCCCUGCUGGGGGUGGCCCUGGGAAUUCCCGAUCCCGACCCCGCCCUGGAUCGGCACUGGGAGCUCUGGAAAAAAACCUACGGCAAGGAAUAUCGGCACCAGGAGGAGGAUUCGCUCCGUCGGGCGACCUGGGAGAAGAACCUGCGGCUGGUGACGCUCCACAACCUGGAGCAUUCCCUGGGAAUGCACUCCUACAGCCUGGGAAUGAACCACCUGGGGGACAUGACCAGUGAGGAGGUGGCAGCUCUGCUGACGGGGCUGAGGGUGGCUCCUCAUCCCAGGGGGGUCUCGGCAUUCCCGCCCCGGCCCCUCGGGGACAUCCCGGAGGAGAUGGAUUGGCGGGAGAAGGGAUGCGUCACCGAGGUCAAGAACCAGGGCGCCUGCGGCUCCUGCUGGGCCUUCAGCGCGGUGGGAGCGCUGGAGGCGCAGGUGAAGCUGAAAACCGGGAAUUUGGUGUCCCUGAGCGCCCAGAACCUGGUGGAUUGCUCCGGGAUGUACGGGAACAUGGGCUGCUCCGGGGGCUUCAUGACCGAGGCCUUCCAGUACAUCAUCGACAACCACGGCAUCGAGUCCGAGCAGUCCUAUCCCUACACGGCCCAGAACGGGACGUGCCGCUACAACGCCUCUGCCAGCGCCGCCUCCUGCUCCCGCUACGUGGAGCUGCCCCCGGGGGACGAGGCCGCCCUCAGGGACGCCGUGGCCACCGCCGGGCCCGUGGCCGUGGCCAUCGACGCCACCCGGCCCACCUUCUUCCUGUACCGCGCCGGGGUGUACGACGACCCCCAGUGCACGCAGGAGGUGAACCACGGGGUGCUGGUGGUGGGAUACGGAUCCCUGGACAACAAGGAAUACUGGCUGGUGAAGAACAGCUGGGGGGUUUGGUUUGGAGACUCGGGAUACAUCCGGAUGGCCCGGAACGCUUCCAACCGCUGCGGCAUCGCCAGCUACGCCUCCUAUCCCGUCAUUUAGAUGGAUCCUGACGCUCCUGCCCGGGAUUCUUCUGCUUCCAGGGGCCUUUCCCGACCGUGGCUCCCGGGUUGGGGCCGUCGGAGACCUGGGAAUGCUGGGAGGGAAUGAUGGGAGAGAGGGGGGAGUGGGA